UUGAGCGGUCUCCCAGCGCUUUCUGGUAGAUUUGCCGGUAUGAUGCCCCGUUUACCAGGCAUCCAGUUGGAGAUUUCCAUCAACGGCAAGAAGACUGCCCAGCAAAUCACCGAGAAGCAGCACCAGGCCGAUGCCGAGCUCUCCAUGGCCACCCCGUUGGAAAGGUUGGCAGAACAGAUUGCCCAGAGACAGGCCGGCAACAAGCCAAUAUACAUAGACAACGGGAUCUUCCUUGCGGCGCCAAAGAAGAAGACGUCGUACAUGAAAAGACGUAGAAGACAAUUGGCGCCAAGCGACAAACACGUCAAAUUUUUGGACUCGUUGGGGAGAUGCCCUGCAUGUGGUAACUUCAAGAGACAGCACACCUUGUGCAUGAGCUGUUUUGGCGAAAUCAAAGCAAUGUUGAAGAAGGACCAGGGCGGUGUGGCGCCUACUAAGACCCCCGAAACCUUGGAAAUGGAUACAACCGACAAGAAGAUUUUAUAUCCGAGCAAGUUCUUGAAGCACGACGACUUUUUGAAGGAGGAAAUGAAGCCGCAGUACAUCUUGACCCGUUCCAAGACCUUACCGUUCGACAGAACCGUCAGUCCUAAGAAG